AAAAAGCCAGGAACAAGAUUUAGAUUUUCAAAAGGAACCUGCCAAGACUCAAGCUGAGAAAGUCUACAUCAGGUCUGCUCCUUUGCUGUCGCCUGCUACUGUUGCUGCUGUUCAAAAGCCUGCUCACUGUUUUGCAUCUUCUUGGUUGGUCCUAAUAAAAGUGGCAACAUGGAGGACGAUUUUGCUUGCCAAGUCAAGAAGAUGGCCUUGGCCAUGGGAGCAUCCCUGACAGACAAGGAUAUUGACCUGAUGCCUUCAGAAAUGCGGCAUCAUGCUUCAUUCAACUAUGCCAAAUUCUUCGAGUAUAUGCAGAAGUUUCUGACAUCAGAUCAGCGGGAAGUACACUUGAAAAAGGCUUUCCAGGUGCUCGACAAGGAUGGCAGCGGCUUCAUCGAAUGGAAUGAAAUCAAGUACAUCUUAUCCACAGUGCCCAGCAACAUGCCUGUGGUGCCCUUAUCAGAUGAAGAGGCUGAAGCCAUCAUCCAAGCAGCUGAUACAGACGGAGAUGGGCGGAUCGAUUUCCAAGAGUUUUCAGACAUGAUCACAAAGGAGAAGGUUCCAAAGAAAAAAUAGAAAAGGAGAAGAUGAGCCUCUUUCAACUUUCCCUACUCAGAGUGUUGUGCAGGGUGGGGGUGUUGGAGCUUGCCUAUCUAUCUGUUCUUUUUCAAAGACCCUCCAUAUUACUUUGCAGGAUGAGAGGGAGGAAAUUUGCAGCUGAGUCAGGUCUUGCCAAGAGGACUUUGCAGAGCACCAAGUCAGGGUUUUCCCCCUUGAGGACAGGCAGAUUUCAGAGUGAGUCAGUGCUGCUCGCUCUGUGCUUCUCUCCUCAUCAGGGAGACAGUCCAUUACAAAACUCCUUACACCCUUUGAAAUAUUUCUCUGAGGUAACAUGCAUAAAAUCUUUCCCAGACUUAUUAUCUGGCCCAGCAUGCACUUCAGCAGUAGAAAACUCCACAGAGUAAAAUCCCACUCUCCAAAUGCUUCAGAAAAUAGUUACCAGAGGCUCUGGCUCCAGCUGACUUUGUGGCAUCCCACUCCUCAGCCUUUGCCCAUCAGCUGCAGCUUUUGUUCCCCUCUAAGGUCAGUUUAUGUCUGUUGUCAUUGGCUCCUGCCUUUGCCAGAGGGGAUCUGGCUGUCUGAAUGCAUGAUAUCCAAUAGUUACACACCUGCAUUAGGCAGAACAUGAGAACAAGCAAGUGAUGUACAUACAUAUAUGUGCGUCUUUAGAGCCCACCUUCUAAUACUGUGUUCUCUUUCCUAACCCCAUUGCCAGCCUUCCAAAAGAGAGCUAUGAAAGUCUAAUGGAUCAUCUAGUUUUGUCAUGUUCUAGUGGAAGCAAAUAAAGUUGCUCUCCUGUGUUAA